AUGUAUCCAAACACAAGUAAAACAUGCACUCGAUGUGAUGCAAGUUGUAAUGGGCAAUGCAACACAUCAAAUGGUGUCUUUACAGGCUGCACAACAAACAACGUCUUCACUGAUACACCCGGCAAAGCGUGUGUUGCUUGCAAAUCAUUUGACACAAACUGCUUCACCUGUUCACCAGACUUUUCGAGAAAGUGCAAAGUGUGUGUAAUUGGGUUCUAUCCCGACGAUGUAUUUGGCAAAUGUGUUGCGUGUGCGACAAUAACAAAUUGCAACACGUGUUCAUCUGAUACACAGAAGUGCCUGACAUGCAAAGAUCCGUUUAUUCAGAAGAGUGGUGGUUGUGAAAUCUGUCCGAUUGAAGAAUUUAAGUUCAGCGAGACAACAUGUUCAAAAUGUUACAACACAAUCGACAAUUGCAACACAUGUGAUACAAUCGCUGUUGGCAAAGCAAGAUGUAAUGUGUGCAUUUCUCCUUAA